CGCUAUGCCGGUCUGGCCCUGCUCUCCUCACCGCUUUUCUUCUCUUUCCUCCCCGCAGGCCGCCGCCCCUCCCCGCGUUCCGCAGAGGACAAAGCAGCGCCCGGUCGGGCUAGGCCGCGCUGCCGGUUCUACCCGCGGUGUGGCCGCCCCGCUUCCACUCGGCCGUGUCCGCUUCAAGUGCGGCCUCUCCGGGCCCGUCCUGGAUGUGCUGCGCUGCCGGCCCGGCUGGCAACAGGCGAGGAAUGAGGAGGAGUGGGAUUUCCUCUGGUGCGAUGUCAGUUGGCUUCGGGAGAAUUUUGACCACGUGUACUUGGAGGAGCACGUUCGUAUCUGCCACUUUCGCAAUCACUAUGAGCUGAGUCGGAAGAACUACUUAGUAAAGAACCUGAAGAGGUUUCGGAAGCAGUUAGAAAGAGAAGCAGGAAAGCUUGAGGCAGCAAGAUGUGACUUUUUUCCAAAGACCUUUGAAUUGCCUUCAGAGUACCAUUUGUUUGUGGAAGAAUUUCGCAAGAAGCCUGGCACCACUUGGAUCAUGAAACCGGUUGGCAGGUCACAAGGGAGAGGAAUUUUCCUGUUCCGAAAACUAAAGGAUAUCUUCGACUGGAAGAUGGAUGGUGGCCGCACCAAUGAGCAGAAGGAUGAAACACAAGUGGAGACUUAUGUAGUUCAGCGAUAUAUUGAAAAUCCAUACUUAAUUGGAGGUCGAAAGUUUGACUUAAGAGUUUAUAUUCUAGUGACAUCUUACAGCCCACUGAAGGCCUGGUUAUACAGAGAUGGAUUUGCUCGCUUUUCUAGUAUGCGAUUCACUCUGAACAGCAUAGAUGAUCACUAUGUUCAUCUCACCAAUGUGGCAGUGCAAAAGACUGCACCUGAUUACGAUCCUGAGAAGGGCUGCAAGUGGAUGAUUCAGCAGCUCAGACAGUACUUGACUGCCAAACAUGGAACAGGAUUGGUGGAAGUUCUCUUUGCGGAUAUGGACAACAUUUUCAUCAAGAGCCUCCAGAGUGUUCAGAAAGUGAUUAUCAGUGACAAACGCUGCUUUGAGCUCUACGGCUAUGACAUCUUGAUUGAUCAGGACCUGAAACCCUGGCUUCUGGAGGUAAAUGCAUCACCUUCCCUUGCUGCCAGCAGCCAGGAAGACUAUGAACUCAAGUGCCACCUGCUUGAAGACACACUUCAUGUUGUGGACAUGGAGGGCAGGCUGACUGGGAAGGAGAAGCGUGUUGGUGGCUUUGACCUGAUAUGGAAUGAUGGGCCUGUCAGCAGAGGAGGAAACCUGGGUGCUUUGGUGAAUGGGAGCUUCGUGGCAAACACACACUUAGGCUGCUUCAAUGACAGGAAGAAACAACUGAAAGAGCUUUUUGGGAAUCUUCCUGCACAGCAGACAGUGUAAGGCUGAUCUCAAGCUUGGGUUGGGAGAUUACUGUCGAUAAAGUUCACGGUCUCUCUUCCUCCUAUUGUAUAGCAGCAGUUCACAUUUCUCUCUGCCUCAGUCCAAGAUAGUUGGCCUUCUUGUUUCCGAAGGCUUCCCCAGCUGGGAAGCUGUGACAGGCUUGAAUGAAAUAUUUUACAGUGUCUGACAAGGCACUCACAGGUGACACUGGCUUCUCAGCUGACCACCUGCAUUCUGCAUAGAGUAUGAGAAAAUAAAGCAGCUGAACACAUUCUGACCAGCAAAAAAGCUCUCCCCAAAGCUUUUGGGGAAGGCAGACACCUAAUCCUUCUGCUGCUACUACUAUGGAAACAUGUCAGAUCAUAAAACCUGUUGCCAUGAUACUGUAAAAAUAACCUUGCCAUCACAUGUUAGACACAUUUCCUGGCUGUACUAUGCAGGUUAUGUAAGAGUGCAGUUAUAACACAGGCAUUUGGCAAUGUACUGCCAUUCACUUCCAGAACAGAUGUAAGGUGCCUCAGAUACUAAGUUAACAUUACUUUCAGUCUUUGCAUCUUUAACUUACUCCUGAAGUGGAGAGCAGAUGAGCUACCAGGAGAGCCAGUGACAUGUGGACAACUGCAGUGUUUAAAGUCUUUAAAUUCUAUUAAAACAAUCCUUACAUAAGUCCAGAAGGGAAAGAGUAGGCAAUUUUUUGUAAAAAUGAGACUCACUGCAGUGCACUGACAGUUGUGACUAAUUUUCACAAAUUUUGCUGUGGUCUUAACCAACUUGUAUUGGGGUAGCAACUUCAGGAUGAAGAGGGUAGUGCAUAAGACAGUAAGUUUUACAACCUUUCGAGAAACUAUUACAACUUAAAACAAUUAUCCCUUUACUGCAGGCCAAGUCCAGGCUCUUCGAGCUGCAGGUUUUUUGCUGAUAUGUUUUAUUCUUUCAUCCUGUUUUGAAAGCUUCAUUUUCUGUGUUCUCUUGGCUCCCACCUUGACAGCAGGCUGUGUUUUCCCAUUAAGACUAACAGGAUGCUGCCUUCUUCUGUUCCUCCCUACACAUCUUUCAGGAGAUUCCUGACAUGUUUCAGAUGUCUAGUUUCAUUUUUGU